GCAGUCCCAGUACGAUGACAGCAUCCAGCCUAUAGCCAAACCCCCCGCACAUCCUCCGCUCCGGGAGAACGUCGGUGACAUUUUUUUUUUUUUUAAUUUGGGGAAAAAGGCACAUUAUUUAUUAUUUUUUAACCUCAAAUUCCUCACACCACUGGUUUAUCGGGAUACCUCCCCCAGCGUCCCCGUCCGUCUCCUCCGCAGACCACGAGGUGGCCGUACCAGAUUGGGAUUGGUCCUGAUGAGCACGAGGACUCCCCUCCACCUCUUUUCAGCCAAUCGUGGAGGGGCUGCGGGGCUGAUGUCUCAGAGGGCGAGAGGGUAUUUGUGUUCCGGGGUCCUGAAGAGACAAGCUACAUCACGUUAAAUGGAGGAGAAGGAGCGAUGUAGGAGCAGGUCUCCGGCUCGGAGGGCCAGCCGGGUGCAGCAAGUGGUGGGAACCAUAAUAAGGCGCACCCGAGAAUCGCUCAGCAGGGAGCGGUUGCUAGGCGAUGGGAGGUCACAGCGCUCCAACAGUCUGUCCAAUCAGAACUUCCAGGUGAAGCUGACGGUGCAGAUCACCAGGGACCCGGUUCUGGACAGCAGCGGGGGACAUGGCUUCACCCUCAGCGCCACCACACCCCUGCUGGUCAGGGACGUCGCCACAGGGAGCCCUGCAGACGGGAUGCUGUUCCCAGGGGAUCAGGUGCUGCAGAUUAAUGAUAUAGUGGUGGAGGAGCUGAGCCCAGAGCAGGUGGAAAACAUCUUAAGGGACUUGGAGGAUUCUAUCACUGUGACUGUCCUACGGCACAUGACAAAUCCCAAGUCGUCCAUCAUGUCAGCGGAGAAGAGAGCUCGCCUGAGGAGUAAUCCAGUCAAAGUGCGCUUUGCAGAGGAGGUGGUGGUCAACGGGCACACUCAGGGAAACUCUCUUCUCUUCCUGCCCAAUGUUCUGAAAGUUUACCUGGAGAACGGACAGACCAAGGCCUUCAAGUUUGACAAAACCACCACGGUAAAAGACAUUGUUGUGACUCUGAAGGAUAAGCUGUCCAUCCGGGCCAUCGAGUACUUUGCCCUUGUGCUGGAGCAACAGUACAGCAUCACCAAGCUACUGCUGCUGCACGAGGACGAGCUCAUACAGAAGGUGGUGCAGAAAAAGGACACCCAUGACUACCGCUGUCUGUUCAGGGUGUGUUUCAUCCCAAAAGAUCCAGUGGACCUGCUGCAGGACGACCCCUCGGCCUUCGAGUACCUCUUCCUGCAGAGUGUUGGGGACGUACUGCAGGAGCGUUUUGCAGUGGAGAUGAAGUGUAACACUGCACUGCGCCUUGCUGCCCUGCACAUGCAUGAGAGACUAGAUUGCUGUGGGCAGACCAGGACCUCUAUCAAGAGCAUAACGAAGGAGUUUGGCCUGGACAGCUUCAUCUCUCCCACGCUGCUGAGCAACAUGAGGGAGAAAGACCUGAGGAAAGCCAUCAGUUACCACCUCAAAAAGAUCCAGUCCCUGCUCGAGCCACGCCAGAAGGUAAUAAAUGCUACUCAGGCACGGUUGGCCUACCUCACUCAGCUGGGAGAACUUAUUUCCUAUGGAGGACGGUCCUACACAGCUACAAUGAUGCUCCAGGACAGAGAGGCAUUGGUCAGCCUGCUGGUGGGGGCCAGGUAUGGGAUGAGUCAGGUCAUCAACCACAAGCUCAAUGUGAUCUCUACGCUGGUCGAAUUCAGCAGCAUCAGCCGCGUGGAGCUGCUCUCCGAGUCUGAUAAAGUCAGCCUGCUGCGCAUCUCACUGCAUGACAUGAAGCCAUUUGCCUUACUGAUGGACUCUCUGGCAGCCAAAGACUUAGCAUGUCUGCUAGGAGGCUACUGCAAGCUCCUGGUGGAUCCCACUGUUAAUGUCUUCCGUCUGGGGCGCCCCAAAGUCAGGGUGCACCGGAUUCCUGCUGAAGAAGGUGUGUGUGGGAGGUUCGCCGUAAUAGAGGGCGUGUGCUAUGAGUCCCUAUCAAGUUAUGUGUCGCGCUGCUGCAGUGACUCAGAUGACACAUCGGAUGAGGACUACCCGAUGGAUUCCCAGAAUAGCAAACGCCCUGACCCAGCGAGCCAAGACUGGGAGGAAAGGAGGAGAGAGGAGGAGGAGAAGAGGAGAGAGGAAGAAAGGAGAGAGAGAGAGGAGUAUGAAGGGAAACAGGAAGUGAAGAUAAUCGUGACAGCAGAAGGUAGGGACAAUGAGGGAAAAAAGGAAGGUGGAGCAACAGUAGGUGGUCUGAUUAAAACCAGUGGAGUGGAUGAGGAAAUGAAUCUGGAGACCAACUGGUACCACACUGACCCGCGGGUCACCAGCAGCUUCUCUAGCUUGUCCAGCGGCUCCUUGAGUGCUGCCCUAGAAGAGAACAGCAUCGCAGCCAAAGCUCCCUCACGUAUGGAGGCACUCCGUGGACUACGCCCAUCUGAAGGACUCUCAAACCUGGAUGUCCACCACCCGUACCUCCUGGAGCCACAACGCCAUCAAGGACAUGCUGCUACCGGCCCCUUACGGCCCACCAAUCUCAAUUAUCGUGGCAAUGACAAUUCCUGCCUUUGUUUUGCUGAGCUCUCCCAGGCUGACUUCCUCCCUAGCCCACCUGAGGCCACCAGUGAUGAUGAUGAAGACGAGGAAGAGGAAGGAGAGGAGGAGCUCAGACGCAUUUCUAAGAUACCUAGUUCAAGAGAUCUGAGACUGAUUGACAGCACGCCCUUCCAGAGAUCGCCCAAUAAGAAAAUAAAAAAGGUCCCUCCCAAAGUCCCAGUUAGGACAAGUUCAAUCCCUGGCAAUAAAGCAGCACAUGCUGAGAAGCGCCUUUCCAAGGAGGACGAGGGUCUGUUCCUGACACCUUCACCCAACCCCAAACCAGCUCUGGUGGUCAAAGAGAGUGCCUCAGAGUCUGAAGAUGAGUUCUUCGACGCACAGGAGAGAUUUACUCCCCCAGUUCCAGAUCUCUCAGAGGCAGAACUGGCUGACAGGCGGAAUGCCAAUCGUCUGAGUGGCACUUGGAAUAGCCUUCCUACUGUGCCAGAAAAAGAGCCAACCUCACCCCUUAAUAAUAAAAAUGUGCUGUCUCAAAACAAAAAUCAAGAGGAGACUCUUAAGGCACCUGCAAAGCCCCUUACUAACCAACAGCCAAGCCCUUCACAACCAUCUCAGAAAACUGAAGUUAAGGUCAAACCACCCUUGGCACCUAAGCCCCAGCUGCUCCCCAAACCACAGAUAAUUCCCCCUAAGUCUCCCCAACAUGGCCGUUCUUAUGCCCACUGCAAUGGGGAUGCCUCUGGACGCCUCUCCUCUGAGUUGCUGGAGAUGGAGCCAGACACCAUGGAGUUUAAGUCUGUCACUUCUGGGGCAGGGGGGCUGCCUCUGUCCUCACCUCUGAUCACAGCAGUGCGGCGCAGCCACCAACCACCACCGAUCCCAAUACCCCAGACCAAGGAGAGGAGCAUGAAGCAAGAAAACAGCCCAAAACAGGAUAUCGAGGUGACACAGGAGAAUGGAGAACUGGUUGUUUCCAAAGACAAAGUUUACAUUCCUGCUGAAAAGGAAACUCCUAAAGUUGAGGAAAAAAACGCUGAGGUUGCCCUGCUCACAGAAGAGGUGCAGGGGUGGGAAAAUGGAGAAGAGGUUGAAGUCACAAAAAAGCCCACAGACCUGCCACCUAUUCCUCGCUCUAAUUCAGGUACAAAACUGGUCCUCCCCCCUCCAUUAUCUCCCAAACCCACUUCUCCCUCCAAUCUCCACCCCUUAUCUCUUCCUGGUAGCUCGCCUGUCUCCCCCACUGAUCCAGUCAAAGAGAUCUUUAAAGAUGGCAUCAGCCCACCAAAUGGCAUCCAUCCUUGGAGCAGCCGCAAUGGCAUCAUCCAGUCAGGACCCCGGAGGGUUUCUCUAAGUCAUGAGAGCCUGUCACCCAAAAACACAGAGGCCCCUCUCACCCUCACCACCUCCCUGACCUCAACUUCCUCCAAAGGGGUUGGGGGCAUGGAAAACAGGGAGCCAGGGAGGUCUGGGUCAGGGUCAGACCUGAGGACCAGUUCCUCUAGCCUAGGAGGCAGACUCCCAGCCUCAGCCCUGAGGGGGAGGAUCCAGGCCCUCCCGUGGUACAUGACCCGUUCUCAGGAGAUUCUAGGCACUUUGGACUAUCCCUCCAGCAGCUCCAUCAAUGGAGACACAUCUGGCUUUGGCUCUGGUUUGUCUGUAGCCAGUGGAGUAUCUGACCUAAACAAGACCCCUGUCAAGGAUAAAGAGACUGUGGCCGCAAAAGCAGGAGGGAAAGGGAAGAUUCUGGAGGAGGGAGCUGAGGUUGUCAUAGCAACCAUCAAAGAGGCCCAGGAUGUGACUACACACAUGAAGAAUGCCAAUGGGACAAAUGGGUCACACCCUGAUCUAAGUUUCAAAGACAAUGGUGCACACAGUGGCAGUGUUUCUUCUGAGCAGCCUCAAUCACGGCCACACUCAGCAGUGGGAUUAGGAGGCGUGGCUGGCAUGCCCAUAGGAGGUGACUCUCCGUCCUCCUCGGUGGUGGAGAGCACCCCCCCACAGCAGCACCGGGAGGCCUGUGGCUGCCGAACUGUUUAUGCCAACUGUUUCAGUGGUGACGCAGAGGAUGUUGUCGGCUUUGAUGAAGAGCUCACUGUUUACGAGUUCUCCCGCCGCACACGCCCCAAACCUGCCCGACCCACACCUGUCCCUUCUCCUACAUCACCCUCUGUCAACCCCAAUGCCAAUAUCCUGUCACUGCUUAGGGACAACCCACGGCCCCUCUCCACGCUUUCUACUGCCUCCUCUGAACUCAGCCCCCUUGUUUCACGGCCCAUCUCACCGACACCACCAGUCGGCGGUCCUCUUCGCUCCCUUACUAACAAGCGCUAUGGAGGGCUGAAGGGAGGAUUUGCGUCCCUGCGUCAAGAUAUAGAUCAGCUAUUACUGGUCUUAGAGAGGGGAACAGCUGAUCAACCACAACCAACAACAUGUCAGGACUCCAAUCAGGAUGGUACAGCGAUACAGGAAGGAUCUGAACUCUUGAAUGAAAAGGGAAGCGAAGGCAGUACAGCCCCAGGCCCAAAUUGUGCAGGGAUGAGCCCUGCCCCUCUGACAGAGGCGGAGAGGAGUCUUCUCCAAGCAGAGGCUCGACGAUUGGCCUCUGGGUGCCAGAGGGCCACACGUGUAGGCUGGGCUCCUGAUGAAGCCCUACGCUCUUUAUCUAACAGCUUCAGUGCCCUGGUGCAGCUGUCAGCAGCCUGCCUGCAGACAUACCCCUGUCCUGGCUGUGACAUCUGCCGUGAUGUAAGCCUGUUCCAUGGAGAUGAGGAAGAUGACAGCCAAGGGGCCAUGGACAAGCUGAAAGAGAUAGUGGGUCUGUACCGGGAGUUUGUUGGGGCUGUGGAGACAGCUGGAACUGGUAAUGGCACUGGGGGCAAAGGUGUGGGCGUCAGUGGGUGUGGGCAGGGCCAGGGGGAAGGUGAGGGGGUGAGGCUACUGGCCAAACGCUGCACUGUGCUCAUCUCCUCUGUCUUUGCGCUCACUCAGCUCUUCCGGACACGCUUACCAGACACCUCGGACACGCCCAGCCAUGUACCUCUCAACUUUUGACCUCUGAACUUUUACCCCCUAACAGCCAAGUGACUAUAGUGAUGAGCCAAGAGGAAACAUAGCACAGAGGGAUCUGGUGUGUGACCCCUAUGUUCUUGUACAGUAAGUGCCAUGCACACCACAGCACAGACAUAAAAACACAUAACAUACAUCCACACAAAAAAUACACAAACCAAACCUCCACACAAAGAGAGGGACUUACAAUGCUUGGCCUCUUCUUGGACGCAUAUGGACUAUGCAUUUGUACAUACGAAUUUUAUAACUAUCUUAUAAUGCUCUUAUUUUAUGAUACAAUAUGUGUAUGUAUGUAAGGAUGAAUUAUCCAUGUAUGUAUUUAUGUAUUUAUUUUUAAAAUCUUUGCACCAUGGUCUGUGAUGUGCAGGUCUCUGGUGGAAAAACCUAUGGAUGUCACUGGAAUUUGUAUUUUUCAUUCUUUAAGACAGUAUUAUGUUAUUCUUUGCUGCUUUAAAGAUUCCUCACCUCCACGUAAAGGUGUAAUCUGUAAAUUGUCACUUUUGAAGUUUAAAUACUACAUUUUACUGUAACCAAGCAGAAAAUGUAAUCACACUACUAUACCACACUUUCAACAGAAUGAACCACUUUGGUUUAUAUGUGUACUUGUAGCUACUUUUUAAGGUUCAGUUGAACAUUUCUCAAGAUUACAGUUGCAUAUAAAUGGAAUUAGAUACAAAACUAUACCACGACAAAACAGGGAGAGCACUUUCGACUGUUACAGAUUGCACCUUUUUAAGAGACACUAACCUUGUGUAAAGUGUUUAUUUCUGUCCUACCCCUGGCUCCUGACUGACUUUUGGUGAAUGCUUUUUAGAAAAAAAAAACCCUCCAGUAACCCAAACUUAUGCAGUACUAAUCAACUAUUCAUCCAAAGGACAAGAUAUAUUUUUUUUUCCAGGGUGGGUCGUGUGGGUGGGGCCUGGGAACAAUACAGAGAUGAUCUUAUUUAUGUAGUUUGUAAAAAAACAAAACAAAACAAAAAAAGAAUAAGAAAAACAAGUUUUUGACAAGGCACAAGGCUGACUGUUAAACUUUCUCCAGAUGUAGCAAAGAUCCAAAGUCUUAAAACACUGAGCCACAACUGUUAUUCCCCUCAAUGGUUUCCUCGUAGGGCACACCAACUAACUAAAAACAUGACUGACAGAUUGAUUGACUGCUGUAUGCUGGAGUCAGAAUUGUAGAUAUACAUUUAUAUCUGUGUCUAUGUUAAUGUCCUCCUCUGUCUCUACCUAGUUUAUGGCUAUGCAAACAUAAACACUUCACCCCCCACAUGCCAUUCUCUUGUUUUGUUGUGCUAACAUUAAAAAAAAAACAAAAAAAACAAUACCUACAUUAUGUUUGAUAAUCUGAUUAUAUUGAGUGCUUUUUUCUUUGGAAUGUCGGCCUUUGUCUUGGUUCUCGAAUACCUACUGCAUUAUGGAUUGCAACAUUCUGCAAAGUUGCAUGGCAUUAACAUUUGUCAAUAUAGAGACUCCUGUCAGUAUUGAUGUCUGUGAAAUUGUCAGUAAAAGGAUUGCAUUGCUCGAUCAGUUUGCUGAUGUACAGUGUCCACCAAUCAGCACGUCUGUAUCAUAUGACAUCGACUCAUUUGAUCGGCCAUCCAAUAUGGAGGAUUUGCGUACUGUAGCCAUCUUAUGACAAGAAGGUAAUUAUGCCACAUUAGUCAGUUGCUUAUAUAAAUACAGUAAUGAGAUUAUUUGAGAUAGACUUCUUAAGUGUGCAGAGACAGCUGAUGAGGAGAUAGAUCACUUAGUUAAUCUUCCAAAUUAAUGAUUGAGGGAAAAACAGUCAGGGUGGGUUACCUUGAAUAGGAAGGCGGUUGGGUGUUCAGAGCUUCCAGAUGUCGUGGACACCGUGUCCAGUAGAGCGGUCUCCAUCGCAGCAUUAUAACAUCACGAGACCUAGGUAAUACGUAGGUCUCACGAGCAUCUCCAGUUGUCCAUCAAGCAGGCCUGAACAGCAGAAAGAGUGCCUGUGUCAUCCAAGAGUUUUCCUUCCCUGUAGCUAUAAAUGUAGCAACAGUAUUUCAUAUUCGAGGUGAUAUUGUGUUUUUACAUGAGCAGUCACUUUUCCAUACCCCAUGUACGACAUUGGUAUACCAAGAAAUGUACUGUUUGGAAAUAAAUUACGCAUUGACCGUA